UAUGACGGCUGGACAUUGUAUUUUUUUCAUCGCAAACCAACAUUUUGAUGUCAGGAGUGGGAUGCGACGCUGAUUUCCAAGAGCUAAUUAUGGGUCCAAAGCAGCAGGCAAAAGGCCUCAAAGUGGCAGAAGCAGCUCCAGUGGAGGGUACAGAGCAGGAGGGAACUACAGGUCAGCCGACUUUGCAGUCCAGUGAUGAAACUGCGUCUGUGGAUAUGAACAGCAUUGCUGCCAUGUUGGAAAGAUGUCUUCAGUUCCAGAGUGACUUUGUUGACAGAUGGGACAAAGAAGAGUGUAAGCAAGAAAGGAGAUGGCACCAGAUGCAGGUUGAAAUUAACAAUCUCAGAGAUGAUCUGGAGAAGCAGCAGAAAGAUGGAGCACAAUCAGGCUCCUCAUCAGAAGCAGAUGUUGAGCCAGCCCCUAGGCCUCAAUCUAGAGGUGAGCCAGUACAGAGAGCAUGGACUCAAUCUGAUAUUCCAAAGUUUGAGGAGGGAGAUGACAUUGAACAAUACCUGACAACCUUUGAAAGGUUAGCAACGGCAUACCAGUGGCCCGAGAGGGACUGGGCAGUAAGAUUGGUGCCUCAUCUCACCGGUAGGGCCCGAGCAGCAUAUGUGGCCAUGGCUGCAGAGGAUUCCUGUGAAUAUGUUGAAGUAAAAGCAGCAAUCUUGACAAAGUAUGAGAUUAAUGAAGAAGUUUACCGACAACGAUUCAGAGAACCGGAGGUUCGUGUGAAUGAAACCCCUCGAGAGUUCUACAACCGUCUGAAGGACCUUUACUUGAAGUGGAUGCAACCUCAGAGGAGAAGAAAGGAGGAUAUUGGAGAGAUUCUCAUCCUGGAACAGUUCUACAGUUCUUUGUCACCGGAGCUGAGAGUAUGGGUCAAAGAGAGGAACCCAGCAGCGGCACAAGAAGCAGCAGAGCUUGUUGAGAAUUUCCUGGCUGCAAGGCGGGGACCAAAAACCUUCCGAUACAACCUACAACAGAAGUCCAGCUUACUGCAGGAUCACAAACACGAGCUAAACAGUUAA